AUAACUGUAAAUUUACUUUUUCUCCAAAGCACCUUCUUCAACGGGUAGAAACGGAACCCGGGGACCUCGCCGAGGAGUAAUUCUUAGACCUUACUUACUAGGUAACUAACCAUUCAUUUUAGGUUCUCGGUUCCAUUCAUCAUUUAGACCUCGCAUCGAAAUGCUACUCAGAUGUAGUGUAGCAUUUUCGUAGUCGAAUGCGAACUACAGGGAUUCGCGGCAUAUUGACGAUAUUAAGUAGGGCUACUACCUCUAGCUCCCGGCGUCGUUGUUAGGUACCAGCAAGACACGAGCAAUAAGCACUUACGAUGGCCUCUCUAUUCGGCCUCGCCCGGCGAAAUUGGUUAAUUCUUAACCCGCCUCAAGCUUCUAAAUCUACUGCGCCGCUUCGCUUUGGGAUUCUUGGCGCAGCUGAUAUCGCUCCGCAAGCUCUCAUUCUCCCAGCGAGAUCUCAUCCAGAUGUAGUAAUUCAUAUUGUAGCCGCCAGAGAUCCCAAAAAGGCGAACGCGUUUGCACAGAAACAUGGCAUACCAGAAGUGGCAAAAUCGUAUCAAGACAUAGUCGAUAACCCUAACAUAGACUGUGUCUACAUUCCCUUGCCAAAUGGGCUACACUACGAGUGGGCCCUUCGCGCCCUCAAGGCUGGAAAACACGUCCUCCUAGAAAAGCCUUCAGUAAACAACUCGACAGAAGCCGAGGCCCUCUUCAAGAGUCCUCUGCUAGAUGGCCCUCAAGCUCCAAUUCUCUUGGAAGCAGCGCACUACCUAUUCCAUCCGGCUUGGACGGCUUUUAUGUCCUACGUUACGCCGGCCGAAGUUGCUAGCGCCAAGGCCGUGAUAUGGGUCCCGAGGUGGAAAUUUGGUGCCGAUGACAUCCGCUAUCGAUACGAUCUCGGAGGUGGUGCGCUCAUGGAUCUCGGCGCAUACACAGCUAGUGUUCUGGUUCAUGUGUUUGGCGGGUUGGCAGAGGAUUGCGAGGAAUCCAUCACGCAGCCUGGACCUAACGACACGAAAUGCGAUCGUCUGUUCAAGGUGCGAUAUCGAUUCCGAGGCGGCGGACAUGGCGAGAUGGAAGGCGAUCUAAAAGCGCCGCUUGAUCGCCUGUCGCCUGACGUACACGUAAUGCACAAGCCAAUCGUGGUGUCUGGCGCAGAUUCUGGUGUCAAAGUGCCAGAGGGACUGGAAGUAGUCCGCACACGCAAGAUCAAGUUUUCGACAUUUGCUCAACCGACGUAUUUACAUUCCAUCCAGAUUGACGAUGAAUUCAUAACACGGAAAAUCGGAGACGCUUCUGGCCACAUCAAGAAAUGGACGAGUAGUAAGACCGUUAAGGCUUAUACAUUCAGUGAAGUUGGAAUUGACCAGCCGGGCGAGUCUUGCUGGCCAACUUACCGAUACCAACUGGAGCAGUUCGUCAACAAAGUCCGCGGGCGUGAUGUGCAGCAGUGGGUGAGUGGCGAUGACUCGAUCAAUACUAUGAAGAUGAUUGAUAUGGCAUAUACGGCCGCAAAGUUACCUUUACGGCCCACGAGUGAGUAUAAGCUGGCGGAUUAAGGUGCACGUUGUGCACUUAGGAUGUGAUUCACCUUCGAGGCGCGUAUCUGAUAUCAAAUUGGGAAUUCCUCCAUAAUAAGGAGGAUCAAUAUUGGACAUUUAUUUGAAAGGACGGAAGGGUUUCUUACUUCCUGCCGACUUUAUAUGCUCUCUUAAUUUAUGGCUUCCGUAGGAAUCUAAUUGAGAUGAUUAUAUACGUUAUUUCCAUCAUACUAGCUAUACAUAUAUCAUAUCAAAUGAUUUAAAUUAUCGGAGGGUAAGAGAUUCAUAAGGUAUAUACAGCAUCAAAUAAAUCAAGAAAACUCGUACC